GUUGACACGGAAAUAGCAAGAAUGCAAAAAUGAGAAUCCUCGUUCAACUUUUACAUCACGUGACUGAAAUGUUCACUAGAAAACAGGAUGACGACUCUUAAAUACAAUGUUUUGCUACAUAGACUCUGACAUGCACAAGAGCUGAAUAUGGUAACUUAAUUUGUGCAGCUGUCUUCAAGAAUGCAUUUGGUAUGAAAGACCAAAAGAGAUAUCGAUAGAAAAGAGAAUUCUCCCUGAUGAAGGAAAUCAACAAGUGAAUCUGUAAAGCAGAGAAACCAGAGGAAAAAAAAAGAUGAGAUAUCUGCUGUGAAUGAUGUAUAGAUUAGCGUUACAGAAAUCUGUCACAGUGACAGGUAUUAGCCGUGCACGUCACAUUUCCCGUGUAACGUCAGACCGGGUCUGGAUCAAUGAUAUAGAAAAUCUCAUCUUGACAAGCAUAACAGGUAAAAAACUGCAUCAUCUGACAGACAUAUAUAGUGAUGUGGGUGUACACACUGUGACAAGAGACGGCGAAUUACUCUAUAUAGACAAAAGCGGUAAUAUCAACAAACUCUCUACCGAUAAUACAGUAAACAUACUAUUAAUAAAGUACACCGUACCAUGGAAACCACAGUGUGUCUACAGCUCCCUCUCCACUGGAGACCUGCUGGUCGGGAUGAGGAAUACUGAUUCAAAGACAGGCAAGGUAUUGCGGUAUAACUCCAAAGGAGAAAUCAUCCAGACCAUACAGUUUGACAACAGCACAGGUCAGGGACUGUAUAUGGAGCCUAUCUACAUCACAGAGAACCGCAAUGGUGAUGUUAUUGUGUCUGACUUGGACCGCGGUGUAGUAGUGACAGAUCAUGGUGUUAAACAUCUCUUCACCUACACAGGUUCUCCACCAAGAUCAGGACUAUCACCACUAGGAACCUGUACUGACGCGCUGUCACACAUCCUGGUGUGUGAUUUUAACACCGACAAUAUUCAAAUAUCAAAUCAGCACGGUCACUUUCUGUCAGAGAUAUCGACAUCAGAACUAAGGAUAUACAAACCAGAGAGCCUGAAUUAUGAUGAUAAAACCAACCUUCUGUGGGUAGGGUCAUUCAUUGACAACAAAGUGAAUAUAUACAGAGUGUUACACGGCGAUUCUAUGACCAUUGCCAUACCAAUGCAGAUUAUCCUAAGGGGAGACAAAUCAGUGAAAAAUUUCAUUGAGAAUUUAAAGAAAGGGAAGACAACCAUGUACCAUGCCUCUGGGAUGAUAAUAGGGUGUGCUGGUAGUGGGAAAACAACAUUGUUAGAGAGACUGAAGGGUAAUGACGUGGCCGAAAUUAAACAGAAGACCAAAUCAACGAGGGGAAUUGACAUACAUACUGACAUCUUUGAUGUGUCAGACACCAUUAAUGUAAACACAUCAGUUCAUAAACAGCACUUCAAGGCAACGUUUGAUGAAAUCAUUCAAAUUCAGAAUGUUCUUGAACACUCCCAGAAAGAAACUAAUGAACAAGAUAUUGAAAAACAAUUGGAGAACAAAAACCUUGUCAGUGAAAAAAUUAGUGUCAAACAAAUGUCAAAGGACAACCCGAACCCGAACCCGAACCCUGGCACUGAUUUAUCGAAAAAAGUCACACUGCCAGAAAAAUCAGCUGAAAAAAAUGAAGUUAGUCCGAAUGCUGAUAAAGAUUCUGUAUCAGAAUUUUUACGUAUUUCAAGUAGUGAUUCUGAUGAUCCUGAGAAAAGAAUCACUAUCCUGGAUUUUGCUGGACAGUGUGCAUAUUAUGCCACACACCAGGUUUUUAUGAGUCCGCGGGCAUUCUUUAUUUUGGUUCUCAAUAUGGAGAAAAAGUUUGAUGAUCAAGUCGGAGAAGACGUAUGUAGCCAGGCAGGCUCCGUUUUCAAAGACUGGACACACAGGGAUUAUCUUACAUUUUGGGUGAAGUCCAUUCAUCAGUACAGCAGUGAUAAAGCCCCUGUUCUAAUUAUAGCAACACAUGCCGAGGAAAAAACAGAAGAGGAGAAAACAGCAUUUUUCAGAGAGAUAUGGAAGACUUUAGAAACAAAGGACAAAUCUUUACAAAAACAUCUUAAUGCUAAAAGGCGAUUCACAGUUGGAUUUCAUGACAGUGACAAGAUUGAGAAAAUUAAGACUUCAAUUGUUGAAAUCGUUCAAGGAAUGGAUCACUGGGGGAAAGAACUGCCUCGCUCAUGGGCUUUGUUUGAAAACUUCUUCCGGGGAAAAAGUCGCAGAGGAUAAUAAAUAAAGAAACGCUUAAGGCUUUCAAUGAAGAAUUGCCUCAGGAAAUCAGGCUUCCAGAUGUUGACAUUGAUGUGAUGCUGCAGUUUUUCCACGACAUCAGGGAAAUUUUAAAUUUUAACCAAGAACCUCUCAACAAAAUAAUUGUUCUUGAUAUUCAGUGGUUUGCAGAUGCAUUUAAAAAUGUUAUAACUGAUAAAAAUCAUGCA